ACCUUUUGCGUUGUAGAUCUAGACUUGGUUCCCUUUGAGUUGAAGUUUGAUCUGGCGUUAUUCACGAGCCCCGAAAUGUCACGUCAUCAGAUGUUCAGGCUUCUUAAAAUGGGGAAUUUUACUAAUAUUUCAGAAGUAUUAAUGUUUGUUUACAAAUAAGUCUUCUAAACCCAUCUGCACUAACAAUACAAAGUAGUCGCUCGUAAAGGAGUUUGAUUUUUUAUUUCGAGCGAGUGGGUAAUUGGUCUUCUUAUGCGCGCUACCGCUAGGUUCAAUUUUUGAGAGACCAUCUACACAGCAGGAAGACAACAUGGGCGCCACCCCAGCUGUUUUUGUCUUGCCAAUUUUGGGGUUCAUCUAGCAUAGGAAGCAUCCAUAUUCUUCGUCAAGGACAAUAUUUGAUGAGUUCCACUUUGGCAAAUUCAUCAAUGUAUCUCAAGCAAGUGUUCUUCUUUGACAUCCAUCCACCACUUGGCAAGUUAUUGCUUGCAGGAGCUGGCUACAUGGCUGAUACCAAUGUCACGUUUCCCUUUGAGAGGAUCGGGGAUGGAGAAUGCAGGACUACCGGUGGUGACGGAUCUUGUGAGUUGUUUGCUGGCUGGAUGUGCAGGUGACCUUAUUCCGGCUUACUAUGGAGGUGAAGCUCGCUGCGAUCAAGAUAUUGGGAUACAGGGUGACUAUGACCUAACUGAGUUAGUGUGUGGAGCAUGCUCAGAUGUAUCCAGGGCUCAGAUGUGUCCAAAGCAUGGGACAGAUUUCCUGGAGUACAAGUGCCGCUACUGCUAUUCAGUUGCUGUGUUCUUCUGCUUUGGUCGAACACAUUUCUGCAAUGCUUGCAACGAUGACUUCCAAAGGAUCACCAGCAUUCCAAAGCCAGAUCUUCCUCACUGCCCGGCUGGUAAGAGUUUACUGGGGUUGGAUAGGGAAGGAUAGGGAAGGAUAGGGGGUGGAACAUGGGUGAUAGUUGAAGUGUUGGUGAUAAUUCCAUAGUUCCCGAUCAGUCAAAGUUGAAUCUUGUGUCUCCAGUGACUAUGCUCCAACAUUCUGACUUGUAAAUCAUCAUUCUCUGCAGAGUUUUUACAUACCUGGCUUUAUGCAGAAUGUGUACAGCUGGAUUGAGAUUUUGUAUUGAAUUCUUGACUGCAUUUUCUACUUGGUGGAUGAAGGGAGUUCUCAAAAACGAAAGAAAAAAAAAGUGAAUGUUCCUUAAAAGAUACACACAUUUGCUAUGUAAAUUGUGACGUCAAUUUUUUGAAGUAGCGUGAAAGUUUGCAGCUGCCAACAUGUUCCCACAUCUUAAGAGCUCAUCUGUCGUCCUGCCAGACUAUGUGAAAUAUAAACAAUGGUUGAGUCUCUCAAAUGCUAAAAGAAAAUUAUUGCAAAUCAUUUCUGAGAAAAUGGAAUUUAGCUGUUGCAAACUGCUUACCAACCAAAAGGACCUAUGGUAUAAGUGCAAAAAUUAGUUGAUGACCCGACACUUCGAGAUAGACUCUGCUAGGGUCAAAACGUCAGACCAUUAACUAUGUUUUGAAAUCAUUUCUUAAUCAGAUGUGUACCAGCAGUCGUUGCAUAGCAAACUUGAGAUUUGGGGAGUUUUUAUAUUAAUGGACAUUUAUA